CGGUCCCUCCCCUUUUAGGGAUAGUAUAUAUAGAGAUGUUAAACUCAUAAGAUCGAGAAGUCGAACCAGGAGACUGAAAUUUUGCCGGAAGAAACCUGCAUCCGGAUGGAUUUCGUAUGUCGCCUAUAAUUUAGAGCUGCUGUAUCUUCGUCGCAUAGGAGGUUGCAUUGUCCAGCCGUCGAAAUUGUAACGCACGGGCGUAGAGUCCCGCUGGAGCCCACGCCUUUGCUGCGGAGUGAAAUCCUCCAGAGUGUGCGUCCGCCUGCGGCUUUUGUAUACGUACAAAUUACAUCACUUUUAUUCCUCAAAGGGCAACUGCAUUAUGGUAGCUGUGAACUUGAAACCUAGGGUUCCUGAAGACAUUAAUGGGCUUACCCUUGAUCCACAACCCGAUUGGAGCUUUGAUGGUCUGUUAUCGGAGCUUAGUUCAAUUGAAAGGAAGGUUGCUGCAUCACCAAAGUUUCCAGCAUAUACCAAGAUAUGUUCUAGGGAACGUUCUGCUUCAAAGAGUGGUGCCCUGCGGCAGGGUUUUGUUAUGCAGGUGGAAGAGACAUUAAGUGAAUGUGAAGAUGAGGUUUCUGAGCAAUCUGUCACUCCAGGCAUGCAAAUUACUUGUGAUGACCUUAAUUCAAGGGAACGUUCUGCUUCAAAGAGUGGUGCUCUGCGGCAGGGUUUUGGUAUGAAGGUGGCAGAGACAUUAAGGGAGUGUUUGCAAAUGAUUUUGCUUUAAGAAAAGUACUUUUGAAGUGAUUUUAGAAAAAGUGAUUAGUAGUAAAAGUUGUUAGUGUUUGAGAAAAAAGUGAUUUUGAAAAGUAAAAGUUGGUAGUGUUCGGUAAAAUAUGUGCCUUUUGUGUAAUAGAAAAAGUAAAAAACACUCUUCGGUCAAAAGCCGAGAAACGCUUUUUUGAGUACAAGUUGUUAUUUGAAAACACUAAUUUUAGCAUUUUUAAGCCAAAAGCCGAGAAACGCUUUUUUUAAGCGUUUGCAAACACUCCCUAAGUGAUUGUGAAGAUGAGGUUUCUGAACAAUUUGUCACUCCAGGCAUGCAAAUUACUUGUGACGACCUUUAUGCAAGUGAUGGUCCAAUUUCCGAAGAUGAGGCAUCUUUUGAAGUAGACCAGCAUCCAAUGGAAAAAGUUGGGUGGGUGGAAGGCGCUUUGUCUGAGCUUACUUAUGAGCAUCGCCUUAACGUUAUGGAAAAUGUGAGAAACAAAAUAUCAGCAUUUGAAACAGCUCUGUUGGAUGAGCACCAUAUAUUUUCAUCUAAGCUUCAAUUUAUUGAGAAGGAUUAUGAAACACUAUCGGAAAUGGAUCGAAGGCUUGACAUGCAGUAUCAGCGCAAAAUUGCAGAAGCACUUGAAGAUCACUUGAUAUCUGUACGAAGGGAUCAUGAACAUAGAUCCCAAAUAGAAGAAAGGAGAAUAAGAUAUGAUGCAACCCUUGAAUUGGCUGAAAGAACUGAGAAGGCUUUUAAGGAAGAGAUAUGGCUAGAAACAAAUAGAACAGAGCAAGAGGUACAGCCUAAGGUAAUAGAGGAUGUUGGAAAGAAAAAGGAAAAAACAGCAGAACUGGAAGCUCAGAGAAAAGAAUAUGUUAAGAAUACCUCUGAGAAUACCUCUGAGAAUGUUAAGAAUAUUGCUACUGGCCAUCACAAGGUCUCAGACCAGACAGCGGAGUUCGGACAGGAUGUGCAUAAUUCAUCACAAUCAACAGGUUUAGCACACUUCCGGUCAGCUGAAAUGACUAAUCAAGAAGUAUGGAAGUCCCAACUUGAAAGCAUGGGCAAAGGGAUUUCCCAGUUUCAGCUACUAGUACCAGGACGUAGUAUAAAAGCUGCAAAAAACGCAUUGGAUAUAGAGAAGGAAAGAUCUAUGCUGUAUAUGGAAUUAACUGUAAAGAACGAGGCGUUGGGGUUAGGCACUGAAACGGAAUAUAAAAGACAUGAGAUUGAAAUCCGUAGAAGGAUAAGAACCAUAUCAGGUUUGGAACAAAAUGUUAGGGCCAAAGCGGACAAUUUGAUUAAGUUAAUAGAUUAUUCACCAUAUCCUACCAUAAGCAUUGCAAUCUUUGUGAAAGAGAUUAUCAACCGGUAUGUGGUUCUUGCGCUUGGAAAUUCUAACAGUAUUCCUUAUAGCUAUGGCCGUGUAAUUGUUCUUGUUACAUCUCAGGUUCCUCUUGCUAUGGAUAUUAUCCUUGCUGAAUUGAACAAAAAUUGCAUCUACACAGUUCCAAAGCAUUUAGUGUACUCUCAGUCAGACUUCUUGAACCAAAGAGCUUACUGUACAGCUAUUGGAUAUCAAGCAGAAGAAGAUGGGAAGAUUGAAACUGAUAGUAGUUACCUAAAUCGGUUAUGUGCCUACAUGAAACUAUACGGAGCUAUUGUUCAGACUGAAGUCGAAGGGUUCCAGAACAUGCAUGGGCAUCGAGAAGGUUGGGCAUGGUUGGCUAGACUCUUAAAUGCAGUCCCGGCAAACGUGUACACUGCUGCUGCCUUAAACGCUUUUCUUGAAGUUGCUGGUUUUGGGCUACACAGAAGAUAUAAGCACCAUUUUGAGAAGCUAUUGAACAUCCUCACUAGAGACUUCUUGAAAGCUUUGGACGAAGGUCUUCAGUCACACAUAGUGGUCACUGAGCUCCGUAGUUAUGUAGAGUCAAAGAGGUAUCUCAGUGAGCCAGAGGGUCGACAUCUAGCAGAUCACCUACUUUCAAACACUGCUGUAAUAAGUAUAAACUCUUGUGUUGCAUAGAGUUGCUUCUAAGCUGUUACAGUUGAAGAUUGAGGCUUUUGAUAAAAAAAAUCUGAACUUCUUAGGACUUGUUUAUGUUUUUAAUCAUUUGUGUAGAACUGAGAUUUAGACAUGUUCGUGUCUAUGUUGCACGGAAACGCGAAUACCAUGAGGAAACGGGAAACGGGAAACGGGAAACGUCAACUUUUGUUCAAAAAAGGCUUAUUUGGAUUUUGGAGAGUUUUCAAAGAGUUUCCGAGAGUUUCCGAAACAGGAAAAGUACUCUCCCCGAGAGUUUCCGUGCUACAUAGGUUCGUGUAAGAAUACACAACAGAAAAUG